AUGAACGUCGACGACGUUGAGGAUCGCGAUGGCGUUCGCCUGUCGUGGAACGUCUGGCCGGCAACCAAGAUUGAGGCCACACGGACCGUCGUUCCCAUCUCCGCCCUUUACACGCCCAUGAAAGACAGCGAGGAGAGGGCCAAUCUGCCGCCUGUCGCUUAUGAGCCCGUCACUUGCAAGCCGCCAUGCCGCGCUAUCCUGAACCCUUACUGUCAAAUCGACAUGCGUGGCAAGCUGUGGAUCUGCCCCUUUUGCCUUUCUCGCAACGCCCUGCCGCCCCACUACCGCGACAUCAGCAACACGAACCUGCCCCCAGAAGUGCUGCCAAAGUACACGACCAUCGACUACAUUCUCAGUCGUCCUGCUCAGAUCCCACCUGUCUUCCUCUACGUUGUCGACACGUGCGUCGAAGAGGACGAUCUCAAGGCGCUGAGGGAGUCGCUGGUGCUCAGCCUGAGCCUGCUUCCUCCCAAUGCUCUUGUCGGCCUCGUCACCUUCGGAACUAUGGCACAAGUCCACGAGCUUGGCUAUGACGCCUGCCCAAAGAGCUACGUGUUCCGCGGGACCAAGGAGUACGCGCCCAAGGCGAUCCAGGAGAUGCUCGGCCUCUCCGGCGGUGCCCGCCCGGCCGCGCCUGGUGGGCCCUCGAGCGGGCCCCAGCCUCGAACCACGCCAGGGUCCUACGGUGCGAGCCGUUUCCUGCUGCCCGUCAGCCAGUGCGAGUAUCAGUUGACGAGCAUCCUCGAGCAAUUGCAAAAGGACCCCUGGCCCGUGGCGAGCGACAAGCGGUCUCAGCGAUGCACGGGCACUGCUCUGAGUGUUGCAGUCGGCAUGCUCGAGACGACGUUUCCCAACACUGGCGCCCGUCUCAUGCUCUUCUGUGGUGGCCCGGCCAGCGAAGGACCCGGCAAUGUCGUUUCGACGGAGCUUCGCGAGCGUAUCCGGUCCCACCACGACAUUGACAAGGACAACGUGCGGUACUACAAGCGGGCGCUUAAGUUCUACGAGACGAUCGCCAAGCGAUGUGCUCAGAACGGCCACACGAUCGACGUCUUUGCCGGCUGCCUCGACCAGGUUGGUCUGCUGGAGAUGAAGUCGCUGGCAAACUACACCAACGGCUACAUGAUUCUCGCCGACUCGUUCCAGAUGGGUAUCUUCAAGGAGAGCUUCAAGCGCAUCUUUGCAAAGGAUGAGAGCAAGGGCGAGCUCCAGAUGGGCUUCAACGCCACCCUGGAUGUCCAGUGCACAAAGGAGCUCAAGGUCAGCGGUCUCAUUGGUCACGCCAUCAGUGCCAAUAAGAAGUCGGCUUCCGUGGGAGAGACCGAGAUCGGAAUCGGUGGGACGUCGGCUUGGAAGCUGUGCAGCCUGACGCCAAAGACGUCGGUCGGUAUCUACUUUGAAGUCGUCACGCCCGCCGGCCAGCCGCUCCAGCCAGGCUCACGAGGCCUGAUUCAGUUCGUCACGCACUACCAGCAUGCGAACGGCACCUUCCGCUUGAGAGUCUCCACCAUUGCCCGCAGCUUCGCAGAAGGCGGCUCCGCUCAGAUUGCAGGCUCCUUCGACCAAGAGGCUGCCGCCGUUCUUAUGGCCAGGAUCUCGGUCUUCAAGGCCGAAAUCGACGACUCGCCCGAUGUGCUGCGCUGGCUCGACCGCAUGUUGAUCCGCCUGUGUCAGAAGUUCGCAGACUACCGCAAAGACGAUCCAGCCAGCUUCCGACUGACGGAAAACUUCAGCAUUUACCCUCAAUUCAUGUUCCACCUCCGCCGAAGUCAGUUCUUGCAGGUGUUUAACAACUCACCCGACGAGACGGCCUACUACCGCCACGUGCUGAACAGCGAGGACGUCAACAACAGUCUCAUCAUGAUUCAGCCGACGCUGAUGAGCUAUGGCAUUGGCCAGGACCCUGUCCCGGUCCUCCUCGACUCGGUCUCGAUCAAGGACGAUGUCAUUCUGCUCCUCGACACCUUCUUCCACAUCCUCAUCUUUCACGGCGAUACCGUCGCGCAAUGGAGAAAGGCGGGCUACCAAGAGCAGGAAGGGUACGAGUCAUUCAAGGAGUGCCUCGAGACGCCUCAAAAGGAUGCGGCGGAUCUCCUCGACGACCGGUUGCCCCUCUCGCGCUUCGUCGUGUGCGACGCAGGUGGCUCCCAAGCUCGCUUCCUCCUGUCCAAGCUCAACCCCAGCACGACGCACAUGAGCGGUGGCAUGUACGGCACGUCUGGCGCAGGAACGGCCAUCUUCACAGACGAUGUCAGCUUGCAGGUCUUCCUGGAGCACCUCAAGCGCCUCGCGACGGGCUCGCAGUCCUCGUAA